AUGAAGGCAAGAGGAGUCGUUUACCGGGUACACGACAGCCUUAAUACUUUCUUGAGUGUUUUCUUGUUUACGGAUUUCGUAGCGGUUAGCUGUGAGAGUGAGAGACUUGCCUCAAAAAGGACAAGAAAGAAGAAGACUGUAGCAGAACUCAAAGACGACGAGAGCACACUGCUAAAGGAAAGAAGACAGCUGAAAAGGCAAUUAGCUGCUUUGCGUUUGAGUUUGGAGAAGCAAAGGGCCUCAAACGAAAAUUUGAAAAGAAUCAAGAUUGGAUUGCAAGCUAAUGAAUCAAUUUUGGAGCAAUAUGACGACAUGGCGACAGCUGGCCCAAUCGUCUCGGACAAAACUGUGAGAUCACAACCGUUGAAAUCAGACGAGCGUUAUGAAUCGAACACGUCAAAGUACGUUCUUCCGGAUCUGAACAUGGCGUUGGAGGAGCCGGAUGUGGUGUGGGGUCAGCUACAACACUCAUUUUUAUGA